GGCGACAAAAGUCGCGCAGCCGCCGUCAGAUGCCGGCAGGCGUCAACGCCCCGGGAAGCGAUUGACGGCCGCAACAAGCAGCCGCUGCCGGCGAUCGCACGUGUGAUCAUCGUGCGCUGGCCGGCGGCGGCGGCGGUGAGCUGACGCUAAGCUUGUGAAACGACAAGAGCCGCGCAAACACCCCCGAAGGACAGCCAAGGACGCAACACCACCGCGCCGUCGACAUGGACCUCAAGAGCUACCAAUUCUCCAUCUUCGCGACCAUGUUUUUCGGCUACGCCUUCUACGCGUACAACCGAAAAUGCGUCUCUUUCGCUCUUCCCGAGUUGAUGGAAGAGGGAUUGACCAAGGAACAGGCAGGCAUGAUCAUCAGCAGCCAGAAUUUAGCUUAUGCCGGCAGCAAGUUCAUGGGUGGCGUGCUCUCUGACCGCCUCAGUGCACGCCUGCUCUUCGCCUGUGGCCUUGUCAUCAGUGGCGUGGCAACCUUGCUGUUUGGCACUUCGCCCAACUCUGUGCUGCUCUUCUCUGGAUUCUGGUUCCUGAACGGACUGGCCCAGGGAUGUGGCUGGCCAUCUUGUGCCAAGAUCCUCAGGAAGUGGUUCUCACCGUCUCAAUUCGGCACCUGGUGGAGUGUCCUCUCUGCAUCUGCAAACAUCUCGGGUGGAGUGGCUCCUUUUCUGUCUGCAUUCCUGAUCCUGAACUAUGGCUGGCGCUUUAGCCUGACAGUAGCUGGAACCGUGUCGAUCGCCAUGGGAGCCAUGGCCAUGUUCACACUGGUCAACUCCCCAACCGACGUCGGUCUAGAAGCACAGGAUGCAGCCGGCAAGAAAGCCGCAGCAGCCAAGAAGGAUGCAGCAAGCAAAGGAGAACCCCAGAAGCCAGCGGCCGAUGACUGCAGCUCAGCGACUGUCUGGGACCUGGUGGUCAGUCCAUUCCUGUGGCUUGUGUCAUUCAGCUACCUGGUCGUCUUCUGUGCCAAGACGAGCGCUGUUGACUGGGGGCAGCUGUACGUGAUGGAGGACCUUGGACACUCGCAGUAUGCAGGCAGUGCCCUAACAAGCAGCAUAGAGUCUGGUGGGUUCUUUGGAGGCAUUCUGGCCGGCUACCUCACUGACUGGUUUCUGCACUGGCAUGUCAAAAAGGGCAGCAAAAGUAAUGCAAACCCUAGGAUACCCGUUGCAGUACUCUUCAUGGCUGGGGCAGCCGGCUGUUUUCACCUGUUGUGCUUCAACGUAGGAAAGGGAUCCUCGGAGCUGUGGAUAUCCAGCAUUGGCCUGGUCCUGGGCGCUUGCCUCUAUGGACCUAUUGCCAUCUUUGGCGUCGCUGCUUCAGAGUCGGCACCGGCCCACCUGUCAGGAACAUCACACGCCAUCGUUGCACUUGCAGCAAGCAUUGGUGCUGUCAUUUCUGGACUGCCGUUCAGUAUUGUCGCCAACCGCUAUAACUGGGGCGCCGUCUUCGUCCUCCUGGAGGUGUUGUGUGGUGUUACGUCUGUGGUGCUGUUCCUGGGAAUGAACUUCAGUGCGAAAAUGGGAGCAUCAAGACCAAAGAAGGACUAGGGUUGACGGUCAUCACACUUACUCUUGCCCACUCAUUCCUUCAAGCUUCCACUUACAAACCUCAACGUUAUUGCGUCAUUUCUCUCGCCUAUCAAAAGACAUUAGACUUUCAACUUGGAGACCGUCGCAACAUAAUAGGAGAGAAAGGAGGGAUACUAUUGUGUAUUUUAUGAAUUCUGAUGACUCUUUUAAAGAAUGCCCAAAUCUACGAAGAAAUGCAGUCUGUUACAAAACAAGAAUUACAAAGGUGCAGGUGUCAUUGCAAGCAACCAUAGAAGGCUUUAGUUACAUGCUUCUUCCAAAACACCUCCUUGACUUCCCUGAUCCACUUUUACUACAAGGUUGCCUGCCACCAUUGGGAAAGUGCACUGCCACCUAAGAUUAGCUUACAUCUCAACAACUGUCAUUAUCGUUCAUACUAUUAAGGCUUACCAGGUAAAUUCAGGCCAGUAUGUGAGCAUGUUUCUCAAAGCAAACCUGAGUAAUCAGUGUGGCUUGUCUCAAGAUGACCUGAAACUAACUGAAUGCUACAUCCAAACAUUUUAUGUAAAAUCCCAGUUUGUUUGGACUAAAGAUAUGCGCCUCACAUUUUAUUUCUAAAUGUAUUUUGAAAGAUGGCUGGAUUUCUUUAAGGAAGGAUGAGGAAAAAUGGUAUGGAAUCUGGUCACUGCGAUUAAUUAUGAUGCUCCAUUGCUCUGUGUAAUGGUGAUGACAGCUUUUAGGUGGGCUUUCUCAUGUUUGACAAUGAUCAGGCAUCAGCAUGAACUUAGUACCUGUCCUGGAAACCUAGCAUCUUGAGCGUGUGUGAGGGUAGGUAUCAAAUCAUCAUUUUUGGAAUGAUCAUGACAAAAUGGGAAUACCCACGAUUCCAAAGAAAUGCAACAAGUGACCAGGUAAUAUUAUAAUUGGCUCAAUGUAUACUAAUUAAGCCAGGGUCCAUUUAAUGUAAGCAAAAAUAGUUUCCCUGCUGUGUACUUAGCCAACCUCCUUUCUUCAGCAAUAUCACAUUGUCCAAGGUGAAGGUGGGAGGUAGACAAAGAACUUCGAAGGGAAAGAAUAGCCAGCAGAGGUAGUUGAAUGGUGCAUAGGUGUCUGUUCCAUUUGACGUGUUUGAUACUUUAAUCUUAGCUUGAAGCUAGGCGUAUUACAGAAUGCAUGGAUACAUUGCAGCCAUAAAUUCAGGAAAAUGGAAUGUAAAUGUUUCCGCCAGUCCGUAGAUUUUAAUUGCUAAAGGGAAACCUGGAGUUGCAGUUGGUUAACCACCACUGAAAAGGUGGGUAGCAUGUAGGUCUUUCUGUGAUUUGUCAUGGAUUCAUUGGGAAAGCACAUUGGAGCUUCUUUUAUUGUCCUUUAUUAUUCUGUUGUGUUGCUUGCUAGCCUCACAAUGAUUCUUUGGAACAGUUCUUCCCCUGUUUUUGGUUAGUAUACAGAUGACAAAUCACUUUUCUGCUACCUCUUUCUCUUUAAAUAAUUGAAAGAAGAAGAAAAUGCCAACUUGGAUAUCUUUUCAAAAAGUGAAGCUUUCACAUAUGGUGCUGUUGAAAGUAAAAUUUGCCAGCUAGCCUACAGAGUAUAUGUAAUGCAAUAGCAACACAUAUAUGGUGACAUGCGGCAUCAAUGGUUUGUCAUUGGUAAACAAAAAAUUUAGUAUUUCACAUUCGCAACUAUGUCAUUUUAUUGCGUAAUCUUUAGCUCGUAAAUAAAUUGUAAUUCUUUUGACCAUGCCUGUCACUGAGUGUAAAUUAUGUUUGGUGAGCAACACUUACACCACAUAAGCAGUCAAGAGCUAGAAGGUUGAAGGUUAGGCAAAUCUAUCUAAUGCCCAUUGUUUUCUUUGUUGGCUGAACUGUAAUAACAGUGGCACAUACAGACACCAGGUGCUGCAUUUUCCCUCAGUGUCCUUACUGAUAAAACUCAUGGUUGAUUCUACCUGGUGAUAAAUUUAACAGUAUAACAGUAUUAGCUGCAUAGUAGAAAGUGCUACUUAGUAGAUGUUCUUUCUGGGCUGCAUAGCUGAUUCUUAGUCUUUUAUUUCCAUGUUCAUUGAACAAUAAUGUGAGAUUUCCUGCAAGAUGAUAAUGCAGGGAAUUUUAUUAUGUUUCUGCACUAUACUUAGGUUUUUAUUGUACUAAGCAUUAGUAUAACUCUUAACUACAAGAGUUUUUGCAGGGCUUUUGUGACAUUAAGCUUGGCGAGAGUUUCUUUCUACAAGUCAAUUUACAUCACGGUGGACAACGUGUUAUUGUACCUUUUUGAUAAAAAUAAAGAUGACUUGCAUAUCAUUAAAUGAUCUGAACUGA